AUGCCUUCGAAAAACGGAAAAGUUCAAGCCGAAAAAGCCGCCGAGAAGGUCGCCAAAGCAGGACAGGCUGCUGUCGACACAGUGGAGGAGAAACUUCCCUCCAAUGCCAGCGUCAACUCUGCUUCUUCCACAGCUAAAGAGCCAGCUGCACCUCAUGUCCCCAAGGAUGCUGACCCAAGAAACAUCUUGGACUACACUCCUCAAGACGAGAUUGUGGCAUCUGUCGCCAGAUUGCGUUCCAACUUCCACCUGAAGAGAAAAACCCACCCAUUGCAGUACAGAUUGAACCAGUUGAGAAACGUCUACUUUGCUGUGAAGGACAAUGCUGACGAAUUGUGUGAGGCCUUGUACAAGGACUUUGGCAGAUCCCACUCCGAGACCAAGAACUUGGAAAUCAACCCAUUCAUGAACGAAUUGGUGCACACCAUGUCCCACUUGCACAACUGGGCCAAGCCCGAGCCAGUGCAGCACUUGCCCUUGAUCAUGAAGUCCAACCCAAUCUACAUUGAGCGUAUCCCAUUGGGUACCGUGCUCGUGAUCUCGCCUUUCAACUACCCAUUGUUUUUGGCUCUCAGUUCUCUUGUCGCCGCUAUCUCCGGUGGCAACUGCGUGGUCUUGAAGGUCUCCGAGCUCAACCCACACUUUGCCCAGCUUCUCACCAAGAUCCUUACCAAGGUGCUCGACCCCGACACUUUUGCCAUGGUGAACGGUGGAAUCCCCGAGACCACCACGGUGUUGGACCAGAAAUUCGAUAAGAUCAUGUACACUGGUUCCACCAUGGUCGGCACCAUCAUUGCCAAGAAGGCUGCUGAGACCUUGACCCCUGUUCUUUUGGAAUUGGGUGGUAAGUCUCCUGCUUUCAUUCUUGAGGACGCCACUGACGCAGACCUCGCUAUCAUUGCCAGAAGAAUUGUCUGGGCCCGUUUCACCAACGCUGGUCAGACCUGUGUGGCCAUUGACUAUGUCUUGGCUCACGAGAAGGUCAAGGCUAAGUUGGUUAAUUUGAUUGUCAAGGUGAUCAAGGAGGACUUCUACAGCGGCUUGGAUGCUAAGGACCCAACCUAUACCCAUAUCAUCCACCUGCGCGCCUUUGAGAACUUGUCCAAGAUGAUCAAGCAGAGCAAGGGUGAGAUUGUUGCUGGCGGAGACACCGACGCUGCCACCAGAUACAUCUCUCCAACUGUCAUUGACAAUGUCAACUGGGACGAUUCCACCAUGCAGCAGGAGAUCUUUGGCCCCAUAUUGCCUAUUUUGGCCUACACUGACUUGGAGGAGGCCGUCCAGGAAGUUAUCAAGCGUCACGACACGCCAUUGGCUUCCUACAUCUUCACUUCUGGUCCUCGCGACCGUAAAAAGAAUCCACAGGUGGACCUCAUCCGUACUGCUAUCAGAUCUGGUGGCACUAUUGUCAACGAUGCUGUGAUGCACGUUUCGUUGGCCAACGCUCCAUUCGGUGGUAUUGGUCAGUCCGGUCAGGGUGCUUACCACGGUUACUACUCUUUCAGAGCAUUCACUCACGAGAGAACCACCAUGGAGCAGAACCUUAAGAUGGAUUUCACCUUGAAGGUGAGAUACCCACCUUACGAGGAAAAGAAGGAUAAUGUCUUGGGCGCCGCUGUCUCUCAAUACAACAACAAGGUCUGGUUCGGCAGAACUGGAAACGUCAGUGUCAACGGCCCUGGCCUGAUCUGGAGUGCGUGGCACAAUUUUGGUGGCAUCACCUCUCUUGUCUACAAAUUUGUCAACAGCUUGUAA